CUACCGCGUCGAUAGACUUCCUGAAAACGCUCGUGCCUCCCCUGCAGCUCAGGAAAGCUGGAAAACUCGCCGUGUAGGGGGGCAAAAAAACAAACAAACAAACAAACAAACAGCAGGGCACCUUUAACGUCGGAUAAAGAGGUUUACCAUGCCUUGAGACCCUGUUCCAGCACUCAUACUCUCUGUAUUCUGUUUUAUUUCUUUUCCAUUUUGAGGACCAUCUUGCAAGGGUUGAAGAACAGAAUUCAGCAUUCAUGGAUAUCAAAUCCUGGAUUUUCUGGCAUUUUUUUAUUGGUUGAACUAUAACACAUGAUUUCUCUGCACCACUACAAUCUCUGACACUAUUUUGAACCAAAACCAGAAGUGACAUCCCUGUUAAUUUCUAUCACUUCCUAAACCUUGUUGUUUUUGGAGAGGUACUGUAUUUUUAGUCAACCACCUUGAUAAGAUUUCAUUUGAUACUUCUCAAACAAUAUCCUCAGCUGGGCCAUUACGUCUGCUUUCUGUGCUUGUUUGUCACUGAACAUUUUCGUAGCAUUUAUAAAGUUAUUAUAACCUUAGUGUGUGUUUAUUUUUAGUCAUUUGUAAGUUUCACGUUUGCUGACCUUAAGACAAUGCUUUGUUAAUUGAAAUUGUGCUUCCUAUUUUAUUUAAACAGUUUGUAAGAAUAGAAAAUUGUUAAAUUGAUUAAUUUAAGAAAUUUUGUUUAAUGGUUAUGUAAAUGCACACACAAUUCCGUUUAACCUUGACAAAACCUUGCCUUUUCUCCUAUUGUGACAUUUUGCCAGUGCAAGGAGAGAAAAGCAAAUAAUCUUAUCUUGUGCAUCUUGUUUUUUAAAACAAAACUGUAAUUUUUGUUUGGAUACUAGCAAUACUAAACUGGAAAUCUCUUUCUUGUAUUUUGUUUUGAUCAGAUGAUCGUAAGAAGAUUUAGCAUUGUUUUCAGGCAAAAUGCACUGAUGGAAAGGGUUUAACACUAUCAGGGAUAGAAACGCCUGCUGAAGUUUUCUUGUGUUUUGAAAAGACACCUGUUGAAACACUGUCAUUAUUUGUAAUUUUUAAGUUUAACUUAAAGUUUAUGUAAAAACCCAUGAUUUGGGCUUAAAGCUGACACGUUUAUUUCAGAACAACUAGUUCAUCCGUCCAGAAAGUCAUCUCUACAAAUCAGAGGAAAGAGCCCUACAUGAGGCAUUCAAGCUGUAUAGUCCAAACAUACUCUCCGCAUCCCAGUAGCACUACCUUUUGAGCCCAGACGUUGAACAUGCGCUCCACAGGCCCAGAGAGCCCAUCUAUGACUGAGGAGGCCCUGUUGCACGGACAGUUCGGCGGUUGGAGCAGCGGAGGAGGAAGUGGAAGUAACAGCAACAGCUGCCCCAACAGCCCUGGAGGUGUUUCUUUGCCUUCCAGCCCCGCCUCUACCAACUAUGCCCUGACCCUCACGCCAACACACAUCCAUGUCCAGCGGUUGUCUCCACGUGUGGGGAAGCAGUCCAGGCUGAUCCUGCCACUGGCGGAACUGACAGGAUGCAGCUGCCCGCGUUUGCCGGCCCCUCCUUUGCUGGUGCUUUACUGGUACCCUCCGGGUCGUCGCCGGAAAGGCGUCUCCAGACGCAGACAGGUGAGGGCAUACUUGGCAGAGAGCAGAGUUGAGGCGGAGAAAUGGAACACUGCCAUACAGAGCCUUCUGAGGGGGAUGGAUGUCAGCUCCACUACAGAAUUUUGUAAAAGCAUGUUGCCCCGUCCCCGUCGACUGUUGCUGCUGGUCAAUCCAUUCAGUGGCAGGGGUCAGGCAAUGCAAUGGUGUCAAACGCACAUACUUCCAAUGAUAAGAGAAGCCAACAUCAGCUACAACCUCAUACAGACAGAGCGUCAGAAUCAUGCAUGUGAGAUAAUCAGAGAGAUCUCGUUAACAGAAUGGGAUGGAAUCGUCAUUGUUUCUGGAGAUGGACUCUUGCACGAGGUGAUAAAUGGCCUCAUGGAAAGGCCAGACUGGGAACAAGCAAUAAAAACUCCUCUGGGAAUCCUUCCUUGUGGCUCUGGAAAUGCACUUGCUGGUUCUAUCAACCACUGUGCAGGAUAUGACAUGUGCCUUCGGGAGCCUCUCCUUCUCAACUGCUGUUUUCUGCUGUGCCGGGGUGGGGUUAAACCAAUGGACUUGGUGUCCGUUACAACCAGCCCAUGCACUUCAUCUACCACAUCCAAUCAGAAUGGGCACCCACCUGCUCCUAGGAGGCUUUUCUCUUUCCUUUCUGUGGCCUGGGGUUUUGUGUCUGAUGUGGACAUAGAGAGUGAGCGUUACAGAGGGCUGGGCUCAGCACGGUUUACACUGGGAACACUAGUGAGAUUGGCUUCUCUGCGCUCCUAUAAGGGAUGUCUUUCCUACCUUCCACCCACUAUGGUCAACCCGUCCCCCGAUGCCACACCUCAGCAACCCCGAAGGCCACUUUCACGUAGCAUUACCGAAGGCUUGGAGGGUUUUUGUCGCACUCCCAUUCACCGCACCUGCUCAGACAUGGGCCUGAGUGAACAAAGAAGUCUCCGUAAGGGAGAUGAGGAGAGAGAGAGGGAAAGAGAACGGGAGAAGCAGGAGAGAGAGCAGGAGAGGGAGAGGAGGAGAGAGAGGGCAAGAGGGGUUGGGGUAGUGAGAGCUAGCAGUCUCGCAGAAGACCGAGAGAGAGAGGUGGAAGCAGAAGAGAAGAUGGAGGAGAUGUCAGGGACCAGCUCAGAAUCAAACGAAAGGGAAGAGUGUGACAACAUAGCCAGUAAUAAUGGGAACAGGGAAGAAGAGAAUAAACCGGGUGGGGAUGAGAUCGACGGAGAAGGAGUAACGAAAACGAGAGAUGAGGUUAAUGAGUGCAAUGAGAGUUAUCAAACGACUCCACCUGAGAUGCAACACACACUACAUAAAAACUCGGCCCCUUCUAGCCAGAUAAUUAACGCCUUCUUCAGCCAGCCAAUCGGGGCAGACACUGACCAAGACUUUGAGCUGGCAGCCUAUGGCAAGGAGGAUGAAGACGUAAACGGCACCUACUUUCAGAGAGAGGCGUUUCCAUUGGACAAGUCUCGUGAGCGAGCCCUCACCAUCUCAUCUUCUCCGUUCCGUCAGUCUCCUUUCAAAGCUUUUAAACCUAAAACUUUGGACCAGAACCAGAACCCCUCACGGCCACGGCCCCUCUCUCUUCUCCACCAAUCGCAUUCAAACUCUCUCCCUCCAAAAUUUCCAUCCCUUUCUUUGUCCCUUUCCCCAACCCCUCCUUCAUCUCCAUCUUGCGCCUCUCCCCACUCUUCUUAUCUUGUGCCACGUCCCAACACUCCCAGCUCGUCUUCCUCAUCACCUUCUUUUCAUUCGCCGACCCCUUCCUUCAGCUUUGACCUUGCAGAGCCUGCAGGACCCCUGAAGAACCACCCUCACACGACAUCCUCCAUCAAGCUGCCAGAAGAUGAUCUACUACCUCCUCUGGACCAACCUCUCCCUACACGUGACUGGGUCACUAUUGAGGGCGAUUUUGUCCUGGUGCUUGCCAUCUAUCAGACCCACCUGGGAGCAGAUCUUUUCGCUGCGCCUCAGGCUCGAUUUGAUGAUGGGUUGAUCCAUUUGACAUUUGUGCGGGCUGGUAUCUCACGGGCAACACUGCUUAGACUGUUCCUAGCAAUGGAGAGAGGAGCCCAUUUGUCCAUUAGCUCUCCCUACGUUAGUCAUAUUUCUGCUCGGGCAUUCCGCCUUCAGCCGCUUUCACCACGAGGAACCCUCACUGUAGAUGGAGAGCUAGUGCCCUAUGGGCCACUGCAGGCACAGGUUCAUCCCUCCAUGGCCCGUUUGAUUGUUGGGGACUCUGGAAUAAAGAUUACAAGAUUCUGACCUGUUUGGAUUUGAACAGGCAGGGAUUAGCGUGACGCUUUGGAUAAUAUAACAUUUUGCCAUCCGCAUAUGGGGGGGAGAGAAACAGAAAGCCAGCAGUUGCUAUCACUGCUUUUACUGGGAUUAACUAAGGGAUUGUUUAUUCAAGCUGCAUAUGCAAGAAGUAUUUUGGAAUUUAACGAAGGGAUGAAAACUGGCAGCCUAUUGCACGACUGUAGGAUUACACUUGGAUUACCCACACUGUAGUUGGAGAGAGAAUGCUAAAAUGUCUACACAAAAGUGGAAACGGCGAAACUGAAUGUGUCCAACUGGUGUAUGCAUUUUAGUAUGCAUUUGAUUCACAACAGUGCUCCUGCCUUAUUUCAGAGUGGAAAAAAUGACAGUCAAACACUAACAACAAUAGCUAGCUUUUAGGUUGUCACGCCCACAUCCAAAUAUGGCUCUACCCGUUUUGCAUAAUAGGCUUAGUAAUUUACAUACUGGCUUAGUAUCACUUGCUCUGAAACCUCAUUUAGCAAGGAUUUAUCAGCAAUGAACUAGAUCUCCGUCCAGCUUUUGAAAACUUGUUUUAUGGGACUAAAAAGAAAUGCAAUCAGUUCCAUCUUUCGUCCAUUUUUUGCAGGUAUUUUUAGGACACAAUCAUUGUGUAGCUUGAGUGGAACAGUUAAAUGAGGGAUGUUGUGUUGUAUAUUGCAUUGCUAGUUUGUGUAAGAAAUGCAUGCGAUGAUGAUGAUGAUGAUGAUAUCCAGUAACUAGCUAUAUGCAUUGCAGUGAACACAGAAAGAAUGCUAGGAAAACUUCCAGUUCAGCAUUUCCCUGCUGAAAAAACAGCCAAUCCCCCCCCCCCCCCCAAUAAUAUUGUAUCACUGUCUUCUAUGACAUAAUGCAAACUUGCAUAACGUUUGCUAAUUUUUAUUCCUAAUGAAUCAAGAAAGAACUGGAAGUUAUGGAUCAAUUGGUAAUGCACCUUCAACUCCCUUUCCUGAAAGAUUAAUCUGUUAAAUAUUAGUCAAGGACUAUUUCAUAGUGAUCAGUAACUUGAUUACAUUUUAGUCUAUUUCUCUCACAAACCAUUUGUAAGGCUGAUUCCCUAGAGUAAAAUUUAUUUGUCAGCUCUUUAAGAGAACAGGCCUGUGGAAAGUCCAGCUGUGAAGCUGAGUAUGAUUGUAAUGGAGCCUUUCCAGUGCUUUUAAUUUUACCUAAAUAUUUAUUAGAAAAAUGCCCUGUUUACAUUUCUUCUGUCCUUUUCAUUUUCCAGAGGACCACAAUUUGACAAAUGCAGCUUUCUUAUGUGAAUUUACAAUGAUUAGCAAAUCAUAUUUAAUUCCAAUAACUCAACUGGUAUUUCCGAAUAGCUGUUUAGUUCUGUCUAGUGCAAUAAUUUCAGCUUCUGUUGAUCCUCACAUCUUAAGUGUCGGCUGGUAUGUAAGUUUAGUUGUUUUAUUUGCAAGUCUGGGAACUCCAAAUGAUAUUCAGCUGCAAUCAGAGGGCCAGUUAUUUGGUUUUGUUUUUCAUUUCCUAUAUUUCCUUCCUUCUUUUCUUAGCGUGAUCUAAUAAAUUUGGUAUCAAGCUGCUGUCUACCUUGAAAAUGCCAGUUUAAGAUGUCUCUUCAUUCUACGAUGCUUGUAUUAAGAUUGUAAUUACUAUUAAAUGUAUAUACAUUAUUUACAGUUUCUAGUUCUGUAUGGU